AUGCAAAGUGCCUCAGACGUGAUAUCGUCGCUGUUUUGGUUCAAAGAUGACGCUGAAAAAGAAGAACAAGAACCUCAAAUAAUUGAGCAGUUUGUGCAGAAUGUUGAAGAUUUCAGUUCACAAUACGGAAGCGAAAUUAGCGUUUCUUACACCGCUUUCAAUCUCAGAGGUCCACCUUCUAACUUUCCAGAUUACGGAGAUUACCCCCAGGCUUUUGUGAUGAGAACUUAUGGAACCUGGUGGGAUGAAGCUCCAUCAGCUCAAAAAGACUAUAUGCCUCAAAAUAGCACCCCUAUUGCAAGUCAAGACUAUGUCGAAGUGUCGUUUGAACGUACUGUGUAUCCCAUGGAGGUGUCUGUGUUUGAAACAUAUAACCCUGGAGCUUUGGUACGUAUAUGGGCGCGUGGACCAACAUCCUGGCUGUUGUUGUGGGAAGGAGAGCCAGAAUAUGUGGGUGACACUCCAAGGAUCUUUAGUCCACCUAUAAGACAGAUAAAUGUGCCUACAAGAAUCUUAAGACUGGAAUUCAAUCAUAGACUAUUACCGUAUUAUACGGAAUUGGAUGCCGUGUUGCUCAAAGGGAAGGAACCUUCGAAUCUAAUCCGAAUAAAGAACAAUUUCUCAUAUUCUUCACUUUUUUUCAAGAAAACUCAGCCGGCUGUAGAAAAAGGUCAACUUCUGAAUAAGAUAAUGGCAUCUAACCUCCACGAGACUUUUAUUCCACCAUUGAGCACGGCUCUGAAGAGCAAACAGAUUGACACUGGCCCUCCUUUAGGCGACUUCGAUAGGUUGCCGGACGAAACAAUACUGUGCGUUAUGAAAUAUUUAGAUAUGCAGUCUUUGUGCCGCUGUGCCCAAGUCAAUCGCCACUUCAAUAGACUCGCGUCGGAUGCGAUACUUUAUCGUAGCAUCGAUCUUCGACCAUAUUGGCACUGUGUGCAAUCUCAGGUUUUAAUGACGUUAUCGAUGCGGUGCAAGUUCCUACAAAAACUAGAUCUCUCUUGGUGUGGUAGCCAUUGUAUGAUACAAUGCAAUUAUAUAGUCAAUUUUCUCAGAGAUAGUGGAGUCGAAUUAACACAUUUAAGACUGAAUUGCUGUAAAUUCGUUGACAACACCGUCUUAAGAACAAUCGUAGAAACAUGUGCCUUUUUGCAAGGUUCAUGUAAGAUGAUAUCGGCUAUGGACGAGGUAGCUAUAGAAUUGGGCGCCAACUGCCCACAACUUAUAUCUGUUGACUUCUGGAAAUCUUAUUCGUUGACACCUAGUGGUAUACGUGCAUUAGGUAACUGCCGGCAUCUACAGGAACUUGACGUUGGAUGGUGUUUACAAGCGGGUGGAUCUGGUGAGUGGUUGGCGUGGUUAUCUGGUGGGGAGCUGAGGAAAUUGUUUUUGGGCGCAUUGAGGGGCGUAUGCGAUAGAGAUCUGAGGGCGUUAUUACCUCGAGCCCCGAGACUGGCGCAACUAGACUUACUGGGCGUUAGGGCUGUCACACCUGACAUUUGUGAUGCGAUAUUAGCCGAGUGCCGCGAACUGAGACUGCUCGAUGUCAGCUUCUGUGAUCAGAUACACGAAUCGCAAGUUCUGGAAUGGCGAGAACAAUACCCGCACAUCAGUAUUAAACGUUCGUUCCAAUCGGCCAAUUUGAAUACGGCACCGAAUUCUCUGUUCCUAGCGCCGAGCUUGGAGUGAACUGAUUAAAUUUAAAUAAUUCCUAUUGAAAACAUAUAUAACUAUUUUUAUAUUACUAUAAGAAAAGUACUCAGAGUGCGAUAUAAAUAUUUCUUGUUGUAUUCUAAACAAAAUUAUAAAAUUUAUUUUUUUAUUGAAAGUCUAAAAAAAAAGGAAAUUGACGUCAAAAAUGUGUAUAUAUGGCCGCCAAAAGAAUGCUUUACUUACAGCACCUUACAGUUUGUUUAUUGCAUUAAAUAAAUCUCAAUUUCUAAUGUUAAUUUCAUAACACUUUAGAAUGAAUCCCAAACUUUAUUAUUUCUAGUAAAAUUGAUUCAGUUUAUUCUAAGUAACUUAUGGAUUGUUAAUUUAAUAAAAAUGACUUUUGAAUUUAAUAAAAAUGGCUUUUGAAUUCAUUCAGUUUUUUAGUAAAAUAAGAUAGAAAAAAGUCGAGGACGAAAUAAUUUAACUAAUUAUUGUAGAAACACUCUGUAUCAUUUAUUUGCCAAAUGUCCAUUAUUUUUGAAUAAAUUAAUGAAUGUUUUCCGAGAACUAAUACAAUUGAAAUGUUUUUAUUGACAGAAGUAACUAUCAUGUAAUUUUAAGAAACUCUUUUUCAUCUUAAAUAUUCAAGCUCUGAUUGUUUAUAGAUGCUGAGCAUAAAUUUAAGAAUUAACAAAAAAACUGAUAAACGGAUUAUAUUAUGUUUACUUAAAAUUUGGUUUUGCCUCUGAAAUAAACCAAUCACACG